UGCACGGCGCCGGCCAGGCAUCUCGGAGGACAGCCCCUGCGUCUGUCGGUCCUCUCCGUUUGAAAACAGUUAAGCUGCUGCGCCCCAGCAGCAGGGUUCCCGCCCUGCCCGGUCUUACGCGGCUGCCCAGCCGCGCCGCUUUGUGCUCUGCCCGCCACUGAUGCUGCGCGGUCGGGACGACGGGCUCCUCGGCUCCGUCGUGUGAGGUGGCGAGUAGAAGCCGCGAAGCUCCAGCGCCUUCAUGUCGCUGCCUCCGGAGAAAGCCUCGGAGCUGAAGCAGCUCAUCCAUCAGCAGCUGAGCAAGAUGGAUGUUCAUGGCAGAAUAAGGGAAAUUCUUGCAGAGACUAUUCGGGAAGAAUUGGCACCUGAUCAACAACAUUUGUCAACAGAAGAUCUGAUCAAAGCGCUCAGACGUCGAGGAAUCAUCGACGAUGUAAUGAAAGAACUUAAUUUUGUGACUGACAGUGUUGAUCAAGAACCCUCUUCCUCUCCAAAGCAAACUGUUGGUUUUGAUAAGCAAUCAACGUUAAAAAAAACUAAUCUUGAUCCAACACGGAGGUAUCUUUACCUUCAGGUUUUGGGUGGAAAAGCUUUCUUGGAACACCUACAAGAACCUGAGCCUUUGCCUGGACAAGUCUGUUCAACUUUCACCUUAUGUUUGCAUUAUCGGAACCAGCGUUUUCGCUCAAAGCCUGUUCCCUGUGCUUGUGAACCAGAUUUCCAUGAUGGCUUUUUGCUUGAAGUUCACAGAGAAAGUUUAGGUGAUGGAACUAGAAUGGCUGAUUCAACAACAAUGUUAUCAAUAAGUGAUCCAAUUCACAUGGUGCUAAUCAAAACAGACAUAUUUGGUGAGACCACUUUAGUCGCUUCCUAUUUUCUGGAGUGGAGAUCAGUUUUGGGCUCAGAGACGGGAGUGACGAGUCUGACUGUGGAACUUAUGGGUGUAGGCACAGAAUCAAAAGUUUCUGUGGGAAUUUUAAAUAUAAAACUUGAAAUGUACCCACCACUCAGCCAAACCCUGUCUCAAGAGGUCGUGAACACACAGCUUGCCUUGGAGCGUCAGAAAACUGCAGAGAAAGAGCGAUUAUUUCUUGUCUAUGCUAAGCAGUGGUGGAGAGAGUAUUUGCAAAUUCGACCCUCACACAACUCACGGCUGGUAAAGAUUUUUGCACAGGAUGAGAAUGGGAUAAAUAGAGCAGUGUGUUCCUAUGUGAGGCCUCUUCGAGCUGGGCGGCUUCUGGAUACUCCACGGCAGGCGGCUCGGUUUGUUAGCGUCCUCGGUUAUGAGCGAGCCCCUGUUAUCGGGGGAGGAGGCAAGCAGGAGCAGUGGUGCACGCUGCUGGCGUUCCUCUGCAGAAACAAGGGUGAUUGUGAAGAUCACGCUAACCUGCUGUGUAGCCUUCUUCUUGGAUAUGGACUGGAGGCUUUUGUCUGUGUUGGGACCAAGGCAAAGGGGGCCCCUCACGCAUGGGUUAUGACCUGUGGGACUGAUGGGACCAUCAUGUUUUGGGAGAGUUUAACAGGCCACAGGUACAUCCACAAGCCUACUAAUUCUGAAGGACCUCCACUUGCUGAACAGCCCAAACCAUUGUACCCCUACCGAACGAUUGGUUGUGUUUUCAAUCAUCAGAUGUUCCUCGGAAAUUGUCAGCCCUCUGAUGCAGUAGAAACCUGCAUAUUUGAUUUGAAUGAUGAAUCCAAGUGGAAACCCAUGAGUGAAGAAGCAAUCAAGUCUGUGUGUGCUCCAGGUGCUACUACAUCUCUCCCUCCCUUCCCACCUCUGUGUGCAUCCACAAUUGAUGCCUCAGUCACAAGCAAUGAAAUCGAAAUGCAGCUGAGGCUUCUGGUGUCAGAACACAGGAAGGACCUUGGCCUCACUACUGUUUGGGAAGACCAGCUUUCCUAUCUUUUAUCACCAGCUUUGGCUUCAUAUGAAUUUGAGCGAACAACAAGCAUAUCUGCAGGCAAUGAAGAAUUCCAAGAUGCCAUAAGGAGGGCGGUGCCUGAUGGUCACACAUUUAAAGGGUUCCCAAUACAUUUUGUGUAUAGAAAUGCAAGGCGUGCAUUUGCCACUUGUCUUCGGUCUCCUUUUUGUGAAGAAAUAAUCUGUUGUCGUGGAGACCAGGUGCGACUGGCAGUUCGUGUUCGAGUGUUUACCUACCCUGAAUCUGCAUGUGCUGUUUGGAUCAUGUUUGCUUGUAAAUAUCGCUCAGUAUUAUAGGACUGACAUUUUCUAAGAAUUAUUCCUGAGUAGCUGUGUGAAGGUUUCUUAAUUUAAAAUCAGCCUCUGGCUUUGGAUGUCAUUGUUUUGUAUACAUCUGACUGGCAAUGUUUUAAAAUAUCAUGUAUGUACUUAAAAAUUAAGAGUAAAAAAAUUGUAUUGAAUUUAGUUUAUAAUAAGUGUAUAAUGAUAAAUGUUUUGAGGGACUCAGUAGUUUAAAUGUGAAUAUAAGAUCUGUUACUUCAUAUUAAUAAGUAACUAAUGAGAUUUAUCUAAUGCUUUAAGCCAUAGUUAAAUCAAAAUGGUCAUUAUUUUUCAUAAAUGAAAGAUUAUUUUACACAAAUUAUGAGAAAUUAACCUAAUAGUUUAUUUAUUACAUAGAUGAAAAUAUAUUUUGCUGAAUUAUCAUUUUUGUGGUUUAUUCAUGACACUAGGGAUAUUUGAGGUUUUCCAGUGGUGACUUUAAUAUAAGAAUAGAAAAAAGGCUGUGUGUGGUGCCAUGCACUUUCAAUCCCACAAGAGGCCAGCCUGGUCACAUAGCAAGUCCAGGCCAGUCAGGGCUGUACUAGGAGAACCUGUCUCCAAAACACAACACAAUGAAUCUGGUAUCAGAAAAGUGUGAAUAUUAAUAACAAAUCUCACAUGAAUAUUUGGGUAUGUGAAUCAUUUAUGGAUGUCAUUAAAAUUAACUGAGUACCAGAAAAUAUUUAUUACACUUCCUUGUUACAGUAGAGGUCAUUCUUUAUUUUUCGUUGUGAUUAAAAACCUCAGCCUACUGCAGGGCUGUGGUGGUGCAUGCUUUUAAUCGCAGCAUUUGGGAGGCAGAGGCAGGUGAAUCUCUCUGAGUUCAAGGCCAGCCUGGUCUACAGAAUGAGAUCCAGGACAGCCAGGGAUGCACAAAGAAACCCUGUCUCAAAAAUCCAAAAGACCACAUCAGCCUACAUGUGACUAAUCUCAUUGAAAAAAAUCAUAAGAGGCCAUUGAGAAAAAUAUGUGAGUUUAUAUUUAUUUUUAAAUUGAGCAAGUUUUAGAAGUUUUAAGAGAGCAAAGGUAUUAAAAUCUAAGGUAACUUGACUUUCUGUAAGAAGCUAAUGCUUCUUGCCUCUGUGUGCAGUUUCUUAGUUGCUUUAUCCAUUGGUUUUCCUAAGAGAUAAGUGUGUGCUAGUUCACUAUCCAAAUUAUUUAUUCUUUUCAUCACCUACUGUUGCAAAUAAAAUUAUUUUAUUUAUUUAUUUA